UCUAGAAUGCAUUGUUUUAUAAUUUCAUGAUGACCCUUUUGAGAGUCGACAAGCACAAGCAUUUCAAACGUGUCGUGGUGUCAACGGCGAAGCGAUUCAAGAGCACCCAUCUCCACACCGACCAGGAGCCGACUGACGUUGCAAGUGUGUUAAGAUUCACCAAGGAAAAAUCGCGAAGACAGUGGUUCCGAGAGGUGGUGGAGCGUGGAGGGCUGACGAAAGCGUAUGAUAUUCCUGGUUGUUUUAUUAUGUGUCCGCCCAGUAUGUUCAUCUGGAAUAAAAUAAAAGGCAGAGUUACGGACGAAAUGCGCGGAAUUGGAGUGAAGUCAUGCUACUUCCCGUUAUUCGUAUUAAAACAAGUCCGGCCUGAGACGGUUUCGUCUGAGGAGUGUUUGCCUGGGGUAGUCACCAAAGCUGGGGAAUCGAAACUCAACGAGCUCGUGGAGACGCGUUUAGCAUGCGAUGAGACUGCGAGACGGUGCGCGUCGGACUGGAUACGCUCUCAUCGAAACCUGCCGUUGAAACUGAACCAUUGGGGUAACUCGAUUAGGUUCAAUUCCCGGUGGCGGCAUCUUCCUUUUCUCAAAUGCCGGGAGGUUCUUCAGCAGGAAGGAUAUGCUGUUCACGGAACUCUCGAGCAAACAGAGAUGUUCAUUACAGACCUUUUCACUAUUUACCGCAAGGUAUUCGAGGAACUCCUCGCUCUACCAACAGAGGAAGGUCAUUCGAAUAAUGGAGUAAAUCGAUGGCUUGAUGUUCGUGUUGGUGAUAAAGACACUAUACGAGUCUUGACGGUCGCGGUCCGUUACAAUGACAAUAUUUACUACGAAGAUAGUGAUGGCUCCCGAAAUAGCGCUCAUUCGAUUACUUGGUGCAUCGACUUUGGUGUGAUCGGCGCGAUGGUUAUGGUCCAUGGUGACAACAGGGGUCUGAUUAUCCCACCAAUUGUGGCGGAAACACAGGUUGUGAUUGUACCCGUACCCCCCUCUAGAGGAGUUGGCCCGACUCGAUGGGAGAUGGAGAUGGACGCAAUUGAAAAUGAGUGCAGGGUGAGCGGCGUAUGCGAUGAACAAAUUGACAAAACUCGUUACCAAUAUUCUCGCACUAACGAUGAAGAACUCCUCGCUGACGAGCUCCCACACACUACCACUACAGCCGGUGUUCUCAACUUCAAGUCUGAGACUUGGAGAGAGCAACUAGCAACACUCCGAGGUGUCGUCGAUGCGGCAUCUGGUUCCAAUUUGGAACUUCUAAACGAGAGAUUGUUGAGCUCAGUUCGCUUGAGGAAACGAGAGGUCGACCUCGAGAGGCGCGAGAUUCCUGUGAAGGAUCGGAUACUAUUGGAACUAGAGUCGGAACGAGAAUCUCUGAAGGAGAAGGUGAAAGGGGACAGAGUCCUUCACCGAGCCUGGGAGAACGGGAAUCACCUCACGAUAGGAGAGGAUAUUGCACGGACCUGCAUAGGAUAUGCAGCCCUCGGGAGGGCGGUCUCGUCAAGAGAGACACUCCUCUGGGAUCUCGAGAUUGAACGAGCCGGCGUACGGGAGAAGGCCCGCGCAUUGGCUGCUCGAGAGAACGAACUUGCUCAUUGGGAGAAGAGGAUUGAGGGGAAUAGACAGAACAUUCAGGAAAGGGAGGAAAAACUCCGUACUCUACGACAGCAGUUUGAAGAUCUUAAGAAUAAAGAGGUGGAGCUCGCUACUCUGAAAAUAAAAGCUGAAAUGGAAACUGAUCGGAGAGCUUUGAUUGAGCAGCAAAAUGAAGUCGACAAAUUGAGAGCUUGUCUGGAAACGGAGGAGGUUCGUCUUGGGACAGUACACAACACACAUCUGAGUACGGGGCAGCAGCUCUUGACCGCCGAGCGGGAAAGGGACGCCCUCGCAGUUCAAGUGGAGCAGUUGCAGGAAUCACUUGCAGAAGCUCGGAGACAGAGUCGGCUGUUGGAGACUACGAUCGAGAAUGAUCGAAGGGCUGUUGAAAAGAUGGAGCACGAGCUGUCGAUGACGAAUAUCAGACUUCAAGUCUGA